AUGGCAGCCUUCCUCUCUGCCGGCCUCGGGGUACUCGCAACCUCAGAGCCCUACACCCUGACCAGCUCCAGCUGGGAGCCCCGGCUGGACUCCGCAUUCCCGUCAGACCCUCCCACCGGGGCCCAAGUCGUGGCCGAGCCCGGCAAGCAGGGCCCCAAGAACCCGCGUGUGUCCAGCGUGACGGUUCAGCUGGAGAUGAAGGCUCUGUGGGAGGAAUUCAACCAGCUGGGCACGGAGAUGAUUGUCACCAAGGCAGGCAGGAGGAUGUUUCCCACCUUCCAGGUGAAGAUUCUGGGCAUGGACACGCUGGCUGACUAUGCACUGCUCAUGGACUUCGUGCCUCUGGACGACAAAAGAUACAGGUACGCCUUUCACAGCUCAGCCUGGCUGGUGGCGGGCAGAGCAGACCCGGCCACGCCCGGCCGCGUGCACUUCCACCCGGACUCGCCGGCGAAAGGUUCACAGUGGAUGCGUCAGAUUGUGUCCUUUGACAAGCUCAAGCUGACCAACAAUCUGCUGGACGACAACGGCCACAUCAUUCUCAACUCCAUGCACCGCUACCAGCCCCGAUUCCACGUGGUCUUUGUGGACCCACGCAAGGACAGCGAGCGCUACGCCCAGGAGAACUUCAAGUCCUUCGUCUUCAAGGAGACCCAGUUCACGGCCGUGACAGCCUAUCAGAACCACCGGAUCACCCAGCUGAAAAUCGCCAGCAACCCUUUUGCCAAGGGCUUUAGGGAGAGUGACUCAGACUCCUGGACUGUCCCUCCACGAGCCCUGCUCAGCAUCCCGACCCGCAGUCACAGCGGCCUCGGACCCUGCCUGCUGAAGGGCUCCACAGAGGAGGGAACAGACUCCCACAAAGCUCCAGUCUCCAACUCCAGGACCUCCGCCCGGCUGCGACAUCAGCUGCUGGCCCCCCCUGAGGCUCUGCUGGCCCCAGCCACCUACCAGCCCCUCGCCUACCAGGGCCUGUACCCUGGAGCCUCAAGCCCCCUCAGAAUCCCAAGGGCCCGACCAACACCAUACCCCCUCCCCAAUGUCCAGAACGACAGAGAUCAGGAGAGCCUGCCCCUCCCAGCUAGGCUGGGGCUCCUGUCCCCCACCGCCAUGUGCUUGGGGACUGUCCAGGACCCUCAGUGA